CUCCCGGAGCCCGGUGGAGGAGUCAGAGGGAGCAAGGAGGGAGUGAAAGACAGAGAGAGGGAGGUGGAGAGAGAGAGAGAGAGAGAGAAAGAGAAAGGGACAGAGGGAGAGAAGAGGCUGAGGUGGGACUGAGGGAGAAGGUGAGGGUGGAGGGAGGUGAUCCUGGAGUUAGGGAGAGAGAUAAAACGAUAUAGAAAAAGAGAGAGACCAGGCCUGCAGGAAUGGAGGGGAAUUGAAUAUUAUGGUCUGUCUCUGUUUUGAAGGUGGAAUGGGGUUGAUGCACCAUCUGGGGGGCAGCGCACCGUCCGGACAUCCCAGUGUCUUUUCAUUUGAAGGCCUGAGACACACACACCGCCUGCUGACCAUGGAGGGGGCGGAGGAACAGAAGGGGGACGUGGCGCCCCGCACGCCCAGGAGGAUGCUGCCGCCGGGCAUCCGGGCAGUCCUACGUCCCCCGCCGGGCAGGGGUGGCGUGCGGAGGAGGUGCCGGCCCGGGCAGCGGGGCUUCAUCUGCUCGGACUGCGGCAAGACCUUUGAGCACUCCUGCCACUUCGAGCGGCACCUGCGGGUGCACACCGGCGAGCGGCCCUUCAAGUGCCCUACCUGCGAGAAGGAUUUCAACCACAAGUCCAACCUGGUGAGGCACGAGCGAACCCACACGGGCGAGCGCCCCUUCCGCUGCCAGACCUGCGGCAAGGAGUUCAGCCAGCCCUCCAACCUGGUCAAGCACCAGCUGACCCACACUGGCGAGAAGCCCUUCCGCUGCCAGACCUGCGGCCGCGACUUCAGCCGCCUGUCCAACCUGGCCACCCACCAGCGCACCCACACCGGGGAGAAGCCCUUCCGCUGCACCGUCUGCCUCAAGGACUUCAGUCAGUCCUCCAUCCUGCGGCGUCACCAGCGCACCCACACCCGGGAGAAGAAGUACCGCCGCCGCUGCCUGGUGUACGGCGCUGGAGCGCACGGGGCGGGCUGCCACCUCCUGCUGCACGACGCCAGGUGA